GAGACUCGAGGGAAGGAGGAAUCAGAGACACUAAAACAAGAACAUGAACCUGAAAUUUCUUUUUUGCCCUGGAUUCCUUCUACUGCUCAUUGUCAGUCAAAACCAGGCAGGGGCCAGGUCCAUUUCCAGCUUACAGAGUCUCUCCAAACUGUUGGAUGAAGAUCUGGAGCAUCCCCUGGUCUCAGAAGAGAGGGGCCAUGAGCAAGACGAGCUGAUCCCAGGAGGUGUCUUUGACCAGGAAGACCCUGAAGUCCAGUGGCCCCAGGACAGGAUGGAGCAGCCCCAGGGCGUGUCCCUGGGGGAAGGUGCAAUCCAGAGAUUCCUCAGCGACCUCCUGAGUUUGUCCCGCAGAUACCGAGGCAGAAGCAAGAAGGGCCUCCCCAGGGGCUGUUUUGGUGUCAGGCUGGACAGAAUUGGGGCCCUGAGUGGCCUGGGGUGCUGACUCUGCACUGUGGACUGGCUUCGAGGUUUCAAAGGACCUGUUGCCUUUCAGUGAGAUAUUCAGCUCUUUUUCAUAUUGGCUCCACCAUCUCCUACACGAUGUACUGAGCAAAUUGCACCCACUUCUCCCCGAAUUACCUGGCCAACAGAACACACGUUUCCUGUGCUGCCUGUUUGUACCAGAGUAAUUACUUGUGAACAUCUCUCUGAAAUUUAGUUACAAAAAGCCACAUUUGUACUGUUAGAGUACUAAAUGUGUAAAUAAACAAGUUUUAUUAUGUCUCAGGUAAUAAAUUGCUUUCCAUAAUUUA